AUGACCACGGCCGCGGUAGAAGCGCUUUCGUUCGCGUCACUGACAGCACUCCUCUCAAACCCGCCGCAGUAUCCUCGAAACCCUACGCAUGAGGUCCGAGAGCCACUGGUGCUGUACAUUGUACGAGUGCCGGGCAGCAAAGAUGUGGUCCUGACGCCGCUGAAGCCGCCGACCAAGGCCUCGAUCAGCCUGGAUGCAAUACAAUCGAGCCUCUACUAUCUUCACGUCGAGAGUCCAGAGGAUGAAGUUGUCAAACAAUCUAUGGAAGCCGAGCAGCUGGUCACAGAUGAGAACAAGCCAACAGUGACUCCGAUCCAGCGCAAGCCUCUCCCUCCUACGAGCUUCGCCAAUUAUUUACCAUCUCAACGUCCGCCCACACCACCCAAGAGUUAUCCACACCAUCAGCCCAGUGGCCCCAAUGGUGACAAUCAGCAUGACCGAUACGCGGCCAGAGGAAGCAAUGUGCGCUUGUCAGCAGACAACACAGGUCGGCCACUCGGAGCGAGACCCAUGCCAUCACAACAGACCUCUUUCGAAGACAGUCGCCAGCACAAUGGAGUGCCAGAACGGGACACAGAUGCCACAGAUCCGCUCAAGCUGGAGAUUCCAGAGCGCCCAGAGAUGCGACCUGUCCAAUCGUACACUGGGGCGCCCGACCAAAUGAUGCCAAUGCCCAUGGUGGGUAAGAAUGCUGCGAUGAGCGUCACAUUGAUCAGACGAGACCCAACAUCUGGAGCGCAGUGGAAUGUGGGCACAAUCCGCAUAGGUCAUCGCAGGCACCAUUUAGCACCUCUCGAAGCGGUUGAGGUGACGCUGAAGGCGCCUGGCUACAGCAAGUUCGCAGGCACUCCUGACAGUGCUUCACCGCCCGGUCGGCUCACUGACAUGGGCGACACAAACCAUUCUCCAAUAGGUGGUAGGGGCUUCACACGUACUUUGGGAUUUCGGAUCCUGCCAGAUGAGCAACGCACGAGCCUAAAAGAUGUGCGGACGAAGUCCAAUGACUUUACGCCACGUCCGCGUGGUUUCUCGAACCCUAAGAAGCCUCGACAAGUAUACUCAUUCUCUUCACCGUGGCAGGGAAUGUGCAUCUUCAGCAAUGGUGUUGACGGCAAGAGUCUGAAAGUCCGGCACUCCGUUGCAGCCCAUCGGUCGACCGAAGCAGAGCAAGGCAACGGCGUCGCAGAGCUUAGGCUGAAUUUGCCGUGGUCUGUUCUCAAGAUGAAAGAUGUAAAUCGUCAGACUGAGCCAGAGCCGGACAAGCUUCCAAUCUCCCAGUUGAUCGGGCCGACGAAGAAGGAGAGAUUCAGAAGAAGCAUGCAGACCUUUAGAAGCGAGUCAAAAGAACUCCUACGCAGCCUACGCGACGACAAGUCGCCUUCGGAAGAGACACCGCCUUCGCUACCACCUCGAGCAUCAACACAAGAGCCUAUACAGGAUGACUACCGCUUGAGUCUUCGCUUGGGGCGUGAGAAGGCUGGAGGAGGCUUCAAGGGUGACAGUGCGAAGCUGGGCAAGCUGAUAUUGGAGGAUGAAGGGUUGAAGAUGGGCGAUUUGGUUGUGGCAUGUUGCAUGGGCGUUUUCUGGCAACAUCACGAAGGAUCUUGA